AGUGUUCUGUGUACGUCCGUCUGAACGGUUUGUGGGGUAACCGAAUAAAAAAAAAUCCAAGAAUCCCCGUACCAGAUGAAAAGUACGUGUGCUAAUAGGCGUAAAUGUAAACUAGAAAGUGUGUGAACGAAGUCGCGAGUUGUCUCGUCCGUCCGGUUUGAUCUGGAUUUUAGCAGCAUUAGCAGUUUGAACCGCGAGUUGGGACUCCCUUUCCCUCUUAAUUAAUUUAUUAAUACAGUUUAGUGGUGUGUUUUACAAACUUUAACGUUUAUUUAUUAGUAUUUUUUAGUGUGCAUUAGUUAAUUUAAGCCGUUUCAAAAUGUCUGAAGAGUCAUCAGCGGAUCGCAAUGUCGAAAUUUGGAAGAUCAAGAAGCUGAUCAAGAGCUUGGAGAUGGCGAGAGGCAAUGGAACAUCAAUGAUUUCACUGAUCAUCCCACCAAAGGAUCAGGUCUCGCGAGUCUCUAAAAUGUUGGCGGAUGAAUUUGGAACACCCUCUAACAUCAAGUCACAUGUUAACAGGCUUUCUGUGCUUGAAGCUAUCACCUCUGUGCAGCAUCGACUCAAACUUUAUACUAAAGUGCCGCCAAAUGGUCUAGUCAUCUACUGUGGUACGAUUGUUACUGAGGAGGGCAAGGAGAAGAAAGUGAACAUUGAUUUUGAGCCAUUCAAGCCUAUCAAUACGUCUCUGUCCUUAUGUGACGACAAGUUCCAUACUGAAGCCCUCACUGCGUUGCUGGGUGACGAAAAUAAGUAUGGCUUCAUUGUGAUGGAUGGUAAUGGAGCGCUGUUUGGUACACUGCAAGGAAACACUAGAGAGGUAAGAUGGUCCUAAGGUAAGACACAUAUAAAAUUGUCUACCAUAUUAGGUAUGUUUUUACUUUUUCACCAGCCUGAUAAAUUCAACUGCCACUACAAAGGUUUGCCAUUUUGCAUUAAUGAUUGGCAAACAUAUUGAUGAUGACAAUCUGAUAUCACAUUGUUAAUGUUGUACCCCCUAGCCGAUCUGCGUAUUUAACGAGUUGUGCAACAAGAUAGUGAUGGAAUGUUGAAAAAAGAUUGAUGUUUCCGUCGAUCUAAUGCAUUGCACAGUGGCAUCGAAGUUAUAUUGAUAUAUCAAAAAAUACAUUGAUGUUAUCCAUACAUGAAUUGUUUUUUAAACACCUAACACAACAGCAAAUUUUAUAAUGGAUUCCUACUUAAUAAUUUCAGGGAUCGAACGAGCAACUUACUAAUUUAAUGAAAACAAUAUAUGCACUCUUUAUUUGUUUUCCCUGAUGUACUUUGCAUUUUUAAAGAUUUUUUUACGGCUUGAUGCUUGGCUAGUAUCACUUGUUUGACAGUUGACACUGAUUUUUCACCCAUGGGGGAAAAUGUUGUGAUGCAUACUAUUACACCAUUACUAUAUGGUCAUUUCAUAGCACAAAAGUGUUCUAUCCCAGCAUGUCCACUGAAAAUUGUAAUUUAAUUGUUUGAUUAUUAUUAGUAUUGAGAAGGGAAACCUGUAUGUCAGAGAAGCAACAAUAUUUUGAAGAUAUGUCAUGUUUUCCAACAUACAUUGUUACAGUGCAAUAGACCCUUACCUGCUCAAAAAACUUCCAGUGGUCAGAGAAGGCGUGUGCCCAGCUAUUGGUCGAAUUAUUAGUAUAAUAAUCAUAAUUAAAGCCUCUCAAAAUUCCACUGCUGAACAUAGGUCUCCCUCAUAUGGGUAAUAUUUGACAUAGUUGCUUCGCUUGGCAGAUGGGGAUCCGGAUGGAUGUAUGAAUACUAAUAAUUUUUGUUUUACACUAAUUACUGAUUUUCUUCUUAUAUUAUGUAUUUUCAUUGUUAUUAACUAUCAACCAUUGACUGCCUUGUUGGUCAAGUGGUCAUCAGCUUCACUGCUGAUCACGUGUUCCUGGGUUUGUGUCCAAGCCAGCCCGAGAAGUAGGCUAUAGUCAGGUAAUAGUUGGUGUUUCACCCCUGUGCUUUUUGACUUUGAAUACCAGCGUAAAACAGCAGCUUAACACUGCUGUGUUUCAUAUGGUGAGUGUAGAGAACCGGAGACCCUUUUUACUGGAAAAGAGGCAUUCCAUCUUAAUCCUCACGGGUGACAACACAUCUGAAUUUUGAUUCGCAAACGAGGAUAGAUGUAGAUGUCUAUGAGCCACAGCAACCACAUACCAUCAGGUGGACUGUGCUCGUUUGUCACACUAUCCUAUAAAAAAAAGAUAAUUUGAAUUGAUGUCUCAUCGGACAAUUAGAGUGAGGGAACAGAGAUGCACCUGUUAUUCCAUCCUGCACAGAUGGCUAUUGAGGUUGGCCGUAGCGACCGAAAUUCGUUUUGAAGCACAUUAUUAUUAAGUAAAGUUAUUAUAAAAAGAAAUAUCAACUUACAGGUGCUCCACAAGUUCACUGUAGAUCUGCCGAAGAAGCACGGUCGUGGUAGUCAGUCUGCGUUGCGUUUCGCCCGUCUCCGAAUGGAAAAGCGUCACAACUACGUGCGCAAUGUUGCAGAGGUUGCUACACAAUUGUUCAUCAGUGUAGACCGUCCCAACGUAGUAGGACUGAUUUUGGCGGGUUCCGCUGACUUCAAGACUGAACUGUCCCAGUCCGAUAUGUUUGACCCAGUAAGUCUAAUGCAAGUUUAUCUUUACUUUAUGGCUUUUCUUAAUAUACUUCUGCCAAUGUCAAGUCAAAGAGUGACAAUAAAGUAAAUGAAAACUUGUCAUGUAUACUUAAAUAAUUGUUUUGUAAGAGCUUUCUAAUCUACAACAACAGACAAAACAAACAUUUAAUAUCCUUCCACCAACAAUGAUUUAUUAUUAGUAUAGAUGAAAUCACAUGAAAUAUGAACAAAUGAGGAAAACACAAGGGACAGCAAACUAAUUGAAUUAGUAAGAUGAGGGACGUUUUGGGGAAAAAUAUCACACAGGGAGAACUGAAGUUGUGGACAUACGAAGAAUAUGUGGUUGGUGGAACCUUCAUCAAGACCACACUCACAUAAAGAAUUAUUCUUUAUCCUUCAUUAGGCUUUGUUUUAAUUAUGACACGUAAAUUAAUUAACACUACUUACCAGUGAACAAAACAAAACAAAUUUAUAUAAACACAAACACAGAAGACGUUAAAAUUAUUAAGGAAACUCAUGAUCAUCAUCAUCAUUACAGCCCUUCACAAAUCCACUGUUGAACAUAGGCCUCCCCCAAGGAAUGCCGCAAAGCACUAUCCUGGGCCACAUAAAUCCAUUAACUUCCUGCAUGUCUUACCAGGUGGUCACUCCAUCUAGUGGGGGGUCACCCUAUACUUCGCCUACCAAAAUGAGGCGAAUGAAGCUACACAAGUUAAUUAAAAUAGAUCUGAAAAUUGCUGAAACAUGUGUGACUAUCAAUCAAACGGCAGAAUCCCCGAAUGCAAGUUAAUAAGAAGAGGUGUGGGUGUUAUUUGUUCUACCCACUUUAUCAACUUAGUCAUCAUUGUAUUAAACCCCUUAGGUAAUGCAACAGACCUCAGCAAUUCUUAAUAGGUUCUUAUUUAUUUAUUCUUAAUUGUACACCUUAAUUAAAGGGAUUAUAAGUAGCGGCACGAAAGUCUAGCGGUGACCGUUAUUGCGCAUAAGGUAUCAUGGGGUAGUAAGCGGGUCGUCGGGUGGGCGUGCGUCGUUCGCACGCGCUAAUUGGCUCUCCAGUCGCAUUCGUGUAACAGCAGUACCCAUGCGCAGCUAUCCCCUCCACGUUUCGUUCAGCGCUAGACUUUCGUGCCGCGAUUUAUACAAAGGGUGGACUCAUGCCUCGUGGUUCACCUACAAUAGCAGACUAUCGAAUAUCACACGUGUGUGUAUGUUUCGUAAUACUUGUAUGAAGCUUGUGCACUCUCAUUUACUCCGGUACAGGCCUUAUAACAGUGUCGUGUUCUGGUCUGACGGGUAUAGAGGCCAGUAAAAUUAUAGGCUGUCAGGCAUUCCAUCUUAGGCAGAGAUCUAUAGAUCGUACUUUGACUUAGCUCACACUUAGCUUACGAAAAACUUUGCUUAGUAUAUGCUUAGCAUAAUCUUAGAUUCUGAAUUUAUAGCUGUAUCGGUGUAAGAUUAAGCUAAGCUUAUCCUAAGACCCAGACAAUCCAAAUAUUAAUUAAUGGAUGCUUCAUUCCACGCAUUAUGUUUUUGACUUUACUGUAUAAAAUUAAAAAAUAUGUAUAUUCAAAAUCAAAAUUACUGUAUAAAAUUAAAAAGAAAUAUAUAUAUUUAAAUCGAAAAAAAGUCCAAAUUGUAUUUCAUAAAUUAUUUAUUAUUACAUGAAAUAGAAAACGGUCGUUUGAGAACGGGAACAGAUGAGAUGAGUGCAAAAUCAG